AUGAAGAUUUCUAUCAGACUUUUGCUUACCCUCUCUGUAGCCAUUGUAUUGUUAGUUAUUUUUAUGUCAAUGUUACGACCUGCAGAGCCCUUAAAUGGUGGUUCUGAAUAUGAAGUUCGUGUGGUCAAUGGGUUCACAAACAACUCCUCAUUGCCUCUGGUCAUUUGGUGUGCUUCAAAAGACAGUGAAUUGGGAGGACGUGCACUUCAAGAGCAUGACGAUUUCAGCUGGAGGCUCAAGACCAACAUAUGGGGCACCACUCAUUUUUGGUGCACCAUGAAAUGGGACCAAAUGAGGAAGAGUUUUGAUGCGUUUAAGGCUUCCAGAGAUGCUUAUCGAUGUGGGACUGCUAGGAAGUGCUCUUGGUUGGUCAAAGAGGAUGGGUUUUAUUUCAGCAACGAUGAAGUGAAUUGGCAAAAGGACUUUCCAUGGUACUAGGUUUUGCAAUGGUACUUUGUUCAUGAGAAUGUAGCAAGAAGUUAUGGUUUCAGAGGCUGUAGCGGCUAACUGAGGACUUAAUAUUGAAAUAGAGAAGAAAUGGCACUCGUACUUCUUUGCUACCUGUACUUGUUUUUAGAUAUGAUAUUAUAAUUAUAAUAUAGAAUAAAGGACUUGUUGGAAAGCUUUUCUACAAUCCCUGUAUUGGAUUGUGAGUGAGUGUGAGAAGCACUAUAUUUCAUAGGCACAGAAUCAAUUUUUUUUCGGCUGAAUGAGGCACAAAGUCAAUAGAAUAUUCAACUAAGAGCCUGAGAA